UUGGUCAUGUAAGCAGGGAGUCACUGGUGUUGUUUACUUGUGGAGGCGAAGCCAGCUGAGCGGCGGUGUGUGAGUCAGGACCGCGGUGUUAGUUUGUAGGUUAGCAGCUACAAAGUUGGACUGGAAAAGAAACACCAUGGCUGGAAAAUUAGAAUUCCCUGAGAGUUUACCUCCACCACCAAGUCCACCUUGCACCUUACUACUUGGACCUACAGAUUUUUCCUUUCCAGUGGAAAAAUGUCCAAGUUUUGAUAGUACCUCAAACUCUUCCUGUGAUACUACCAGUAUGACAAGUUGUAGUAUUAGUUAUACAACCAGCAGACAUGCUAAUGAUCAGUGGUUUUAUAGUUCUAGCAGCACUAGCAGUUCUGUAUCUGGAGCAUAUCCUGACUCUUUGAGUUUUGAAGAUUAUGGGCCAGUAAUGGCUAAAAAAGAGCAUGAAAGUCUUUAUCCAUUGAUGGAAAUAAUGGAUGGGAAAGAAGUUGUUACAAUUACCACAUCUGACAUAACUCAUACUAGCAACACACUUUCAGCAUCAGGAUCACACUUUUCUUUGCCUUAUAAGGGUAUGCAGACGAUGUCCUCAAGAGAAAUAGAUAAAAACAGUAAUAUGAAAUGUCUACCACAGACUUCUGAAUACAAUGGAGAUUUAAACACAGAAGCUAAUUUAGACUCUACCUUGAUGACACCUGGAGCUUUUUUAUCAGAGUCAUUAUAUUUUCUAUAUAAUGGACACAUUCCAUGUAGUUUCACUCCUUCAGAUACAUCUGUAAAAGGUACAGAUAUUUAUGAAAAUCCUGAUGUGAGUACAAAAGUGGAUACUUGGAGUUACAGUAGACAAGAUUAUCUAAGAGCCACUCCACAAAUGCCCCAGUUAAAUUGUAAAGGUUUGAAUUCAAAAGAUGGUUUUAAGCCAUUGGAUGUGUUAUUGACUCCAAAGAGAUUUACUCAUUCACAAGACACAGAGUCCAGCAAUGAAAACACAUCCUGUGGUCCUGAAGUGGAUUUGAUAUCUAAUGCAGAUGAUUUUGAACAAGAUUUGAAAUGUAUAGAACAACUGGAGGAAGAAGAUCAAAAAGAGACAGACAGACAAGCAUGUCAAAAGAGUUCUUAUGAUUUGGGACGUCUUCUACCAAUUGGAGUAUUUUGGGACAUAGAAAAUUGUCAGGUACCAAAGGGUUUAUCUGCUACGCAUGUUGUUCAAGCCAUCAGAACACGAUUCUUCAGCAAUCAUCGGGAAGUGGAGUUCAUGUGUGUUUGUGACACUUUGAAGGAGAACACUACCAUACUUGAAGAACUGAACGAUGCUCAGGUAAAUGUUAUGCAUGUUGGCAGCACUGUGAAGAAUGCUGCUGAUGACAAACUCCUGCAGAGUAUGCGGCGCUUUGCUGACAUCCAUGGUCCUGGUGCUACCAUUGUCCUUAUAUCUGGUGACUCCAACUUUGCCACAGAACUCUAUGAUUUAAGAUACAGAAAAAAUCUCCAUGUGAUACUUGUCCACAAUGCUCAUGCUCAAGAUUCCCUGAAGCUUUCAGCACAUGAAACAGCACUGUUCACUGAGGUUACACAGCAGCUACCACAGCGUGUUAUGAAACCAAAGAGUGGCUUUCUUCGGAAAGAUAUAUUGGUACGAAAUUUACCCAAGGGAAUAGAAGAGUCAUCUGUGCGUCGCCGUCUCAAUAUGCUGUCAGCAAACUGUGGGGGCAAAGUUGGACGUGUAUCAGCAAAUUGUGCCACCAUAUACUUCCAGACACCUGAGUUGGCUGCACGGGCAAAGAAAAGACUAGAUGGUGAGGAUGUUUAUGGCAGCCGAAUAUGUUGCAGUUUUGGAAAAAAUGUAGAUAAAGAAGGCCCAAGAAUUGAUUCAAGUGGGAAGUGGGUGCAGGAGUCCACUCAUGAUAGAGAACCUGAUUUACCACAAAAUUUUGAGACUAGAGAGAUUCUCAGAUACAAUAACAUUCCACAACAAACCAUGGGAGAAGUGGCAGCACCUGGAUUGCCUUGGAGAAUGAAGGACUCUCUUGGUGAUAGUGCAACCAUGCAGCAGCCUUACUCUGCAUUCACAACAUAUGGGAAUUCUCCAUCAGUUUCUCUUCCACCUGAUGAACAGCCAUGUGUGCAGAGAUCAUGGCAAAGCAAUAAUCACCGGUUGCCUGGGAACCCCAAAAUUGGUGGCAUGAGUGGAAGCUUCUCAGGAUUGAGCAGAGACUACACCUUGCAUAACAGAGAGGGCAUUGAAGAAAGUUCUGGUGGUAAUCAGCCUCUGUAUAUGGACAGAAUACAAGAUAAUUUUUAUAAAGGCCGCUAUCAAAAACCAAGUUUCAGGAUGAGUUCACCUCCAGCAUUUUCCUUUUACCCUCGCAACUCUGAUUCAUAUCUCUUCAGCAACAUGUCCAGAGGGAGAAGUCCUUCCCCACAAGCAGGUGGAAGAAUAAGUCCUCUAAAGAACACAUGGAAUGCUCCUGUAACUACAGAUAUGCAAAAGCAUCUCUGUUCUGGUAUCCAGGAAAUCUCUGUAGGAGCUUCAGGAUCAGGAACAAAUUUAGGAAGCACUGAUCAACUGCCUGUGGAUCUGCAGGUAGCUAAUUUGGACCAGAACAUUGAUGCUAGAGAAAUGAAGCGCAUUCUGUUCACAGUGUUCAGGGAUCAUGUAAUGGUACUGCACAUAUCAGUGUUUGUACAAUCAGAUGGAAAUUUAGUAGCAUCUGUGCGUGUACCAUCACACCAGGAUGCUCAGUAUGCUAUAUCACAACUCCAUCGAAAGAAAAUUGGGGCCAAAAGAAUUAUAAUAUCUUAUGUCAGUGAUAAUCAGCCUUCACCUGAAAUCAAAAGAUCCAAGGUCAUCAUGUUGCUUCAAGAGGUUCCAGGAAAAAAACUUCCUUUAUUCAAGUUUCGUGAAUUGUAUGAAAGACGUUUCAAUGAAACCAUUGGAGUGUCAGAAAUGUACAAUAUGAGAGAUAUUGUUACAGUCUCUGAUAGUUUCACUGGAAGAAUGGUAAUGCUUCAUCCAGAGUAUCGCCAUCUUCAACCUCCAGACUUGCCAGAGGUUAUGGAGGAAACAGAAGGCAGCUGUUCUAGAUAUUGUAAAUUACACAGUACUGAACCAGAUGAGUCUAUUGGAUGGGCAGAGCGAGACCAUAACACAAGCUUGCCUAAUGUUGGCUUAAUACUGCGGGAUCUCGGUGCUGCCAUUCAUGCUUUGUUGCAGUCUCACUCUGGCUUUCUGCCUCUUGCUAGUCUUGUUGAGUGUUAUCAGGCAGAGCUUGGCCCAUUAGAGGAAUGUGAAGGAGGUGUGCCCCUUGAGCACUUGAUUUCUUGCUUACCCGGCAUAUGCAUAGUUAAUGCUGCUGCAGGAUUCAAGUACAUUAAAUGGGCUGAAAAUAAAGUCUUGGAUGAGGCAGAUGAACUAGCACGAAGUGUAAGCCCUCCUCUUGUUGAGCAAUUGGCACUCUUUUCACGUGAGCUGGUGGACCUGUUUAAGACUUUUCCACAUUGUCGUCUUCCAUUUUCUAGAUUUAUACCAGCAUACCACCACCAUUUUGGUCGCCAAUGUAGAGUUGCUGAUUAUGGAUUUACCAAACUUGCUGAUUUAUUUGAUGCUCUGCCUCACAUCAUUCAAAUACUAGGAGAGGGAAACAAGCGCAUUUUGACGCUGGCCCACAAAGCACAAAUUAAGCGGUUUUCUUCUGAUCUACUGAGAGUUUUGAAGGGACAGCCAACCAAGUCAAUCACGCUUGAAACUUUUCCUUCAGCAUAUGAGAAGGUUAUUAAUCGGAAAUGGAAUGUUGUUGAUUAUGGAGUUUUUGAUAUUGAAGACCUUUUAACAGAAGUUGGUGAGACCACUGUGAUUGUUACUAGGUCAGGUACAGAGGUAACAGUUGCAAUACCUAAAAGAGAACAGACAUCUGAGGAAAUAGAAAGAACAAGACUGUUUGCUGCAGAGGUGGUAGAGCUCCUGCGUCACUCGCCACAGUGUAAGAUGCAGUUCAAUAGAUUCAUACCUGCAUAUCAUCACCACUUCGGAAGGCAAUGCAGGGUAGCAGACUAUGGUUUCAGCAAACUCAUCGAACUCUUUGAAGCAAUACCAGACAUUGUACAAGUUUAUGAUGAUGAUGAUGAAGGGGAAAAACAGCUACAACUUGUAGAGCGUGAACGUAUCAGGGUGCUGGGAGAGCAAGUUGGAGCAGUUGUCAGAGGAGCACCCUCUCAAGCUAUAAAGAUAUCAGCAUUAACUCGAGUAUUUACUCGGUACUAUGGAUGUUCUCUCAAACCCUCACAGUAUGGUUCAAGUUCGCUGGUUGAAUUGAUUGGAAAACUUCGGAAUCACGUUAAGUUGGUUGAAACAGAAGGUGAACCAAUAGUUGCAUUGGUGGAUCGUGGACAUGUCCAUGAAAUAAUGACAAGGACUCGUACAAUUUUGUGGGAUGUUCCUGAAGGUUCUCUUACUUUGGACAAAUUUAUGGAGACCUAUAAGGAGCACUACAAUACUUCACCCAGCUUGGAAAUAAUGAAGAAAGAUUUGGAGGGCAUUGUCAUAAUAGAUGAUGAUAAAGAUGCUAAAAUAAGUCUUGUACCAUUGCAACUGUUUGUAAGGGAUUUACUGACUUUACUGCAUGAAGCUGGAGGCCGUAUGAAUCUUACGAACUUUGACACUGCCUUUGUUGAUCGAUUUGGGGUUGCAUGUCGUCCAGCAGCAUAUGGAUUCCCAAAUAUUGUUGCAUUAGUUCAAUCUUUGGGAGAUCUGGUGACUGUUCGAGGGAAGGGAAUGAAAAGGAUCCUUGUUCUCAAUCAAGACUUUCUUCCUACACCUUCCAUUUCAAACAUGACAAGUCAGAGUGUAUAUGGAGAUGGUGGUAAUAGUGUGGCUGCAAGUAAUGAUCCCAGCCUACAUGCUUCAUCUUCUCAGCUGCCACUAUCUCACAGUGUUUCAAAUACUGCACACUAUGAAUAUCAGCAGUUAAUGCAAGCAGACUCCAGCACAAGUGCUCAUUUAGUUAUGAGUGUAAAUCCCUCCCCUCACCAUCAACCGUAUCAAUCUUCUUCUCCUGUGGUAUACCCAGGCUCUCCUGCAGCAAGUGGAGGUUCUAUGGUGUGGGGUCAGAUGUGGUCCCCUCAAUACCCAGUAAUGUCACCACUUUCUCCUGCCCAUUAUAUGGUGCCAACAAUACCAGUGAGCUGGGGCAGUGUUUCAGCUUCUCCAGUUGGUGCUGUAAACUCAGAUGGUACUCCAGCUCAACUUCAGUCCAGCUUGGCACCUCCAGUUUCAAUACAUACACUUGAUGAGCUUGUGAAACAGGGUAGUAAAGUAAGUGAUGCCUUCACCUCUCCACCAAAUGCCUGCGAGCUCCCCACUCCUGAUCUUUUCACUCAGGUGCACCCACCAGACAUUCCACCUGGAGGAACUGUUAAUUACUCAGAAGGAGAGCAGAAAACUGCAUGUAGGGAAGGGGGAGCAACUGAUAACUGGAACACUAGCAAUAUAAGUGAAAAAGUAGAAGUGACUUUAGUUUCUGCUGUGCCAAAGCUUCAGACCAAAAGGAGAAUUGCUGCCCAAUUCACAUCCAGGUGAUAGGUUUUGGUGAUGUCUGAUGUUCUUGUUUACAUGUCUGUUUUUUGCAGUAACUCUAAUUUUUUUUUUAUUGAUAAACAUUUAGUAUAUUUUGGUUUUGUAAUUAAAAUUGUUAAUACUAUGUGAUUUUGAAUAAAAAAGAUAAAAAGCAAUUAUUGCUUAAAAUCUUAUUGCAUAUAUAAAUUGCAACUACUUGAAAUGUAACACAACUUACUUUUCAUUAUUUCAUUCUGACAGUUUUGGACUUUUAAAUGUGUAUGACAAGCUGAGUAUUUUUACUUUUAUAUUAGUUGGCUUCAUUGAAAAAUAUAUAUCUGAUCUCAAUUUCAUCAAAAUAUGAUGAAUAUUUUAACAAUGAAGUGUGGUGUAUUUCUCUGUAUGUAUUAUAUAAAAUGUAUGUAUUAUAUAAAAUAAGGUCUGUUGUUAGUGUAGUAAUCAUGACAUUAUUACCAUUCAUAACCUUGCAAAAUUAAUAAGUUUUGUUAUUAUGUGUAAUUUGAAUUGUUGAUGUGUUGUGAACUAUGCAUUUAUGCAGUGAGCAUUUUUUCAAAAUUGCUAUGCAAUUGUUGUAUAGUUUUCAUUACUUUGUUGUUCAGUGUUUCUUGAUAUACAUAUAUUUGAGUUAUGAAAGAAAGCCAAAUAAGAUAUAUUUUGUAGACUACAUAUUUUGUUAACUAUUUUAUAUUGCAUUCUGUCCCUGAGUUGCUGAUUUUCACUGUGUGUGUGUGUGUGUGUGUGUGUGUGUGUGUGUGUGUGUGUGUGUGUGUGUGUGUGUGUGUGUGUGUGUGUGUGUGUGUGUGUGUGUGUGUGUGUGGACACAAGAGUAAAUAUUUCUCUCUCUCUCUCUCUCUCUCUCUCUCUCUCUCUCUCUCUCUCUCUCUCUCUCUCUCUCUCUCUCUCUCUCUCUCUCU